GGCUGGGGGGCAGCGGCAGAUGGGCAGUGGAGGGCCCGGCCAGGGAUAAUAAAAUGAAAGAUGUUCCAUUGUUUUCCUUCUUUCCUCCUCACGUACAAAACAUAUUUGCAUGUAAGGCUUUGGGUGCCAAAAAUGAGUUCCCAUCCAUCCUUCUCGAGCUGGCCACCUUUAAAUUCCCCUUUCUUGUUCGAGUCUUUUUGGGCGUACGCUGUCCCUUUUUGAACCUUGGGUCGCCCAAAAUCUCUUGCAUGGCAAAUGUCGCUUCCUUGGACGUCGCUAAUCCAUUUCUUUAAUAAAUCCUUUAAUGAAUUAAUUAAUCAACGAGAGAGGGCCCCGUGCUAAUGGCUGCCCUCAUCGCGUAGGUAGCCCCCUUUUUAUCUCCGGCCCGACGCCAUCCACGCGCCCCCUUCCGUUUCCCUCUCUUAUUCAAACCUCCCCUUCUUUUUCUACUAGCUCACUCACGCUUCCCACUGCUCUCUUUGUUCACUAGCAAGCCCUGCCCACCGCCGCCUCUCGCCGGCCGGAGUCCUCAGGUCCGGCGAUGGGCAAGGCGGCGCGCUGGAUCCGGGGCUUCCUAGGAGGCGGCGGUAAGAAGGAGCAGAGCAAGGACCAGAAGCCGAUACCUCCGCCAACCAAUGCCAAGCGGUGGAGUUUCGGCAAGUCGUCGCGGGACUCGGCGGAGGCCGCUGCCACCGCUGCGGCUACGUCGGCGCGCGGGGGCAACGUUGCGAUCGCGAGGGCGGCUGAGGCGGCCUGGCUCAGGUCGGUGUACGACGAGACGGAGCGGGAGCAGAGCAAGCACGCCAUCGCCGUGGCGGCCGCCACCCAAGCGGCGGCCGACGCGGCCGUGGCUGCGGCCCAUGCCGCCGUCGCUGUCGUGCGGCUCACCAACAAGGGCCGCGCCGCCCACGCCGGCGAGCACCGCGGACCGGCGGCCGCGGCGGUCCGGAUCCAGACGGCAUUCCGAGGCUUCUUGGCUAAAAAGGCGCUGCGUGCGCUCAAGGCGCUCGUGAAGCUGCAGGCGCUGGUGCGCGGCUACCUCGUGCGAAAGCAGGCGGCCGCCACGCUGCAGAGCAUGCAGGCGCUGGUGCGCGCGCAGGCCAGCAUGCGCGCCCACCGCGCCGUCGCCAGCGCCGCUCUCCCGCAGCUCCACCAUUCUUCUUUCCGGCCGCGCCGCUCCUUGGAGCGGUACGCGGACGACACGCGGAGCGAGCACGGGGUGGCGGCGUACAGCCGGAGACUGUUGGCGAGUAUCGAGUCGUCGUCCUACGGGUACGACCGGAGCCCCAAGAUCGUGGAGAUGGACACCGGCAGGCCCAAAUCUCGGUCGUCGUCGCGCCGGGCGAGCUCCCCGCUGCUCGACCCGUGCGAGGAGUGGUGCGCCGCCGCCAACCCCAUGUCGUCGCCGCUGCUGCUGCCGUGCCACAUGCCAGGCGGCGCGCCGCCCCGCAUCGCCGUGCCGACCCCGCGCCACCUCCCGGAGUACGACUGGUGCGCGAUGGAGAAGGCCCGGCCGGCGACGGCGCAGUGCACGCCGCGGUACAUGAACGCGAACGCGCCGGCCACCCCGACCAAGAGCGUGUGCGGCGGCGGCUACUCGUCGUCGUCUCUGCUCAACUGCCCCAGCUACAUGUCCAGCACGCAGUCGUUCGAGGCAAAAGUGCGGUCGCACAGCGCGCCGAAGCAGCGGCCGGAGCCCCCCACGAACAGGAAGCGGGUGCCGCUGAGCGAGGUGGUGGUGGUGGAGUCCCGGGCCAGCCUGAGCGGGGUCGGAAUGCAGCGGUCGUGCAACCGGGUGGAGGAGGCGUUCAACUUCAAGACGGCCGUUGUCGGCCGCCUCGACCGCCCGUCGACGGGGGCCGUCGAGAAUGACCGGCAAGCGUUCUUGCAGAGGAGGUGGUGAUCUGCUCUGCUCUGUUCUAGCUACUUCACACGGUUCAUGGCAGUGAGACGACGAGAGCUCUGCGUAGUAAUUAGCAAUAAGAAUGCGUUUUGAGGUGUUCUUGGGAGCUCUCGUCCCUGCUUUCUUUUUGUUCUUGCUUUCAUCGUUGUGAUCAAUCAUGUGAUUUGUGUUCCUUUUUCUUUCUAUUUUUUGGUUAUGUGUUUGCUGGUCGCAAACAAGUGUGGUUGGAGAAUUUGAUUCAUAGCGCACUUUGAUGUAAAUUCUUUCUCAAUCCCUGUGUUCUUCCAUUACGACU